UGGGGUUUUUUAAAUUUUUGUUGUUUUGUGGGUUUUUUUGGACAUGGACAUCGGAGUCUCCACCAAACGGCAAGAUGUCCAGCAGUGUCCCGGCGGAUAUGAUAAACCUGCGCCUGAUCUUGGUGAGUGGGAAGACGAAGGAGUUCCUCUUUUCUCCCAGUGACUCGGCCUCGGACAUCGAGAAGCACGUGUAUGACAACUGGCCGACGGACUGGGAAGAAGAGCAAGUCAGCAGCCCAAACAUCCUCCGGCUCAUUUACCAAGGCCGCUUUCUGCACGGGAACGUCACGCUAGGAGCCUUGAAACUUCCUUUUGGCAAAACAACCGUGAUGCAUCUGGUGGCCAGAGAGACUCUCUCCGAGCCAAACUCUCAAGGUCACAGGAACCGUGAAAAGACAGGCGAGAGUAACUGCUGUGUGAUCCUGUGAGCCCCGCGCACGGCCACGGCUGCGGAGUGCACGUGACGAGUCUGUCCGUCAGGCUGUGGGGCCCGGGGGCCACCGCCGCUCCAGACACCCCACCACAGCCGGCCCGCACACCCACCGGCCAUCUUGUCAUGGAACCAGACUAACCAGGAGCGUUUUAACGACGGUGGUUUUUUGUUUGUUUCCGGUCUUCCUUCCUCUCUAAGUGUUGGUGUCUUUGUUUUAUGGGGAGCAGUUUUCAAAUCCGCUGGGUUUGCCA